CAUGCGCAGGAGUGGACCCCCCCCCCCCCCAUGUCUCCACCUGCGCUCUUUCUUUCCUCUCAAUGGCCAUUUAGGACACUGGCAGGACCCAGGUUGAAGGAACUGAAAUCCGGAAAAGUUUACAUCCAAAGACCGAUGGAAGAGGCUUGCAACUAGUAAAGUUGGAACGCAGGACAGUGCCACCAAUAUGACGUCAAGAGCGACUGAAAAAUUCUCUGAUGUGAACUGCGAUUGCGCAAAUGCUGCUGGUGGCGUAGUUGAAAUUGAGUAAAGCCAGUAGUGAUUGGGCCAGUGUGUGUGUGUGGGGGGGGGGGGGGUGUCGAAGGAUAAAAGUACUAGUCUCCUAUUGGGUGAUAACCUAAACUAGCAGGCCACCUAAUUGGACGCCGCGAGAGCCAAGUACGCAGGCUCUUUGGGUGUUCCCUUCCUGGAUUGGUGUACCCAAGGCUUUGGUUUUCCGAUUGGCUAAUGUCGCCUGGGCGGGAAUAAUCAGGGAGAUUUGAAUUUGAAGACAGUAGGCCAUAAUAACCUUCUGGAAGUUACCGAGGAGCGCUGGUAUCUUCGUGUUUGUGGAGCUGGUCGUCAACAUGUCCUUUCCUAAGGCGCCCCUGAAACGAUUCAAUGACCCUUCCGGUUGUGCACCAUCACCAGGCGCUUAUGAUGUUAAAACUUCAGAAGUAUUGAAGGGACCAGUAUCCUUUCAGAAAUCACAAAGGUUUAAACAGAAGAAAGCAGAAUCUCAACAAAAUCUUAAUGUUGACAAAGAUACUACCUUGCCUGCUUCAGCAAGAAAAGUUAAGACUUGGGGAUUAAAGAAAGAAUCUCAAAAGAAUGAUAAAGAUUUGAAGACAUUGGAAAAAGAGAUUCGUGUUCUUGUGCAGCAACGUGGUGCUCAGGACAAGCGUAUUCAGGAUCUGGAAGCUGAGUUGGAGAAGAUAGAAGCAACUAAUGCUGCUGUCAGGGAAAAAACAUCUCUUUCUGCAAAUGCUUCACUGGAAAAGCAGCUUAUUGAAUUAACCAGGACUAAUGAGCUACUAAAAUCUAAGUUUUCUGGAGAUAGUAACCAGAAGAAUAUGAGAAUUCUAAGCCUUGAGUUGAUGAAACUUAGAAACAAAAGAGAAACAAAGAUGAGGAGUAUGAUGGCUAAACAAGAAGGCAUGGAGGUGAAGUUGCAGGUCACCCAGAAGAACCUCGAAGAGUCUCAGGGGAAAAUAGCACAACUUGAGGGGAAACUUGUUUCAAUAGAGAAAGAAAAAAUGGAUGAAAAAUCUGAAACAGAAGAACUCUUAGAAUAUAUUGAAGAGAUAAGUUGUGCAUCAGAUCAAGUGGAAAAAUACAAGCUAGAUAUUGCCCAUUUAGAAGAAAAUCUGAAAGAGAAGAAUCAUGAAAUUUUAAGCCUUAAGCAGUCUAUUGAAGAAAAUGUUGCUAUGUUGUCUAAACAAGUAGACGACCUGAAUGCUAAAUGCCAACAGCUUGAAAAAGAAAAAGGAGACCUCAUCAAUAGGGACAGAUGUCGGGAUGAAAAUCUAAAUUCUGAAAUACAAAAUUUAAAAGAAAGGUCUAACCUUGAAAGACAAGAACAUGAAGAGCUACAACAAAAAGUAUUGCAAAUUGAUUCACUUCUGCAACAAGAGAAGGAAUUAUCUUCUAAUCUUCAGCAGAAGCUAUGUUCUUUUCAAGAGGAAAUGAUUAAGGAGAGGAAUCUCUUUGAGGAAGAAUUAAAGCAAGCACUGGAUGAGCUAGAUAACUUACAGCAAAAGGAAGAACAAGCUGAAACCCUGGUCAAGCAGUUGGAAAAGGAAGCAGAAUCUAGAGCUGAAGAACUAAAACUCCUAGAAGAAAAGCUGAAAGGGAAAGAAGCUGAACUGGAGAAAAGUGAUGCUGCUCACACUCAGGCCACCCUGCUUUUGCAGGAAAGGUAUAACAGUACAGUGCAGAACCUGGGAGAUGUUACUGCUCAAUUUGAAAGCUAUAAAACAUUAACAGCAAGUGAGAUAGAAGAUCUUAAGCUGGAGAAUGCAUCACUUCAGGAAAAGGUGGCCAAGGCUGAGAAAAGUACAGAGGAUGUUCAGCAUCAAAUACUGGAAACUGAGAAUGCAAAUCAAGAAUAUGCAAGGAUGCUUCUAGAUCUUCAGACCAAAUCAGCACUUAAAGAAGCAGAAAUUAAAGAAAUCACAGUUUCUUCUCUUAAAAAAAUAACUGAUUUGCAGAACCAGCUCAAGCAACAAGGUGAAGACUUUAAGAAACAACUAGAAGAAGAAGAAACAAGAAAAAUUGAAAAAGAAAACUCAAUGGCAGAAUUAACUGAGGAAAUGAAUAAGUGGCGUCUCCUCUAUGAAGAACUAUAUAAUAAAACUAAACCUUUUCAGCUACAACUGGACGCCUUUGAAGCAGAGAAACAGGCUUUGUUGAAUGAACAUGGUGAAGCUCAGGAACAGCUAAAUAAACUAAGAGAUUCCUAUGCUAAAUUACUGGGUCAUCAGAAUCUAAAGCAAAAAAUCAAACACGUUGUGAAAUUGAAAGAUGAAAACGGCCAACUCAAAUCGGAGGUGUCAAAACUCCGCACUCAGCUUGCUAAAAGAAAACAAAGUGAAGCAAAACUUCAGGAGGAAUUGAAUAAAGUUCUGGGUAUCAAACACUUUGAUCCCUCAAAGGCUUUUCUUCAUGAAAGUAAAGAAAAUUUGGUUCUCAAAACCCCAUUAAAAGAAGGCAAUACAAACUGCUCAUGAGCUAUUAGUGGAGUUUCAAGAAUCACGCAAGUAAACAUCUGAAAAACCUGUUGAAGAUUAUUUCAUGCUUAUUGUUUUUAUUGUCGUUGCUGCUUUUCUUAUUAUUAUAUUUUAAUAAAUACUUUUAAAUAUUGUAUUUAAUAUUAAACUUCUUAUCCUUGCAUGUGUGAAAGGAGGUUCAAACAUUUUUACCAGUAUGUCUCUGACAUUUUCUAUUGUCAGUACUUGUUCCUUAAUGCCUCAUUCUAAAACUUCUGACAAGCUUUCCGGCUUUGCAACUCAUCCCAUCAAAAUAACAUUCUUGUUCUUUUUUUUCUUUUUAGGGCCAUACCCAAAGCAUAUGGAAGC